AUGAGAAUCCUAGCUGUCCUUGCAAGCUGGACCUGUGCCACCCUGACUCUAGCUUUCUGAUCAACUGCCUCCCAUGGUGUGAGCACCCAGGCCUGUGAAGACGUGCCCAGGCACACACAACCCCAGCCCAAGCACCCUGGCUCCCACCACAUCUCCAUCCAUACCAGCAGGCCUUCCUACUGGCCAGGAGCCAAGAUUCCAGUGUCUGUCCGAAGCAGUCGCGACUCCACGGGCUUUGUGCUGCAAGCACUCCCGGUGGCGGGUCACUGGACAGUGAGCGCCGUGGCCUUUACUCCCCGACAUUCUAAACUGAUGCCUUGUUUUGAAGAGGCAGAUACUGUUGCUCACUCUGACAACAGCCUGAAGAAGACACUGUUCAAGUGGAAAGCCGCUGACCAGCCCGGAGGGGACAUUAGAUUCCUGAUGCAGCAAGGGAUUGAGAGCUUGUCUCAGUCACCUUCACACACCUCUACUGUAAGCAGCAACAGUCAGCAACUCAGUGGAGAGAUCAAUCCAAUCCUACAACCAUCCCUGGAUGUCUAUAAGUUGGAGAUGCUCAUGACUCUCAGAAAAGGCUCCCUAGACAGUGUUGUUUCCAUCCUGAGCACCCAUCAUAGGACUCCAAAUGAUCUGAAUUUGGAUCCUUUGGAAACCUGCCUGUUCUUGGAUAAGGGUAAGCAGGACAAGAUGACAGCCUAUAAUAGGUCUGUGAUGGGCCCCUCUCUGUACACUGCUCAUAUUCCCAAGCCUCAGCAGAUUGACCUAAGGCCUGCCGUGAAACUAGAGGGAGCCAGUGCCCCUUUGGUGAUGCAGCUCGGGACUCUGCAGCUGGGAAUCCUGAUUGGCCUGUCAGGUGUGGCCAUAGCUGCUGGACUUUGCUAUCUGUAUCCUCAGUAUUGCCACAAGUGGACAGAAGGGUCCUUCAGUGAACCUACUGCAGAUGCUGUUGCCAGGAGUGACGACUGGGAGAUGAGGUGCAUGUCAGGAGACAGGUGA